CCUGCCUGUCCCCCUCGCCGCCGCCAUGUUGCUUCGGGCCCCGGCUCCUGGCGGCCGCCCCUAGGCCCGGCCCGGCCGGCCGCUUCCUUCUCUCGCGAGCCUGCCGAGGCGAAAGGGGGAGGCUCCGCCCGCCGCCUCGGCCAUGUCCGGCAAGGAGGGGACGCGGGCGCCGGUGGGGGCGCCGCCGCCGCCGCCUCACGGCACCUACGAACGGGCCGUCAAGGCUGUUCCUUUCCCACCAACUCAUCGAUUAACGUCGGAAGAAGUAUUUGAUUCAGAUGGAAAGCCUCGAGUUGAUAUUUUGAAGACCCACUUAAUAAAAGAAGGCCGAGUAGAUGAAGAAAUUGCACUUAGAAUAAUCAAUGAGGGUGCUGCAAUUUUAAGAAGAGAGAAAACCAUGAUAGAAGUUGAAGCUCCUAUAACAGUGUGUGGUGACAUUCAUGGCCAAUUCUUUGACCUCAUGAAACUAUUUGAAGUGGGAGGAUCACCUGCUAACACAAGAUACCUCUUCCUUGGUGACUAUGUUGACAGGGGAUAUUUUAGCAUAGAGUGUGUGCUCUAUUUGUGGGUCCUGAAGAUACUGUAUCCGAACACAUUAUUUCUUUUGAGAGGUAACCAUGAAUGCAGACACCUGACAGAAUAUUUUACUUUUAAACAAGAAUGUAAAAUAAAGUAUUCUGAAAGAGUCUAUGAUGCUUGCAUGGAAGCUUUUGAUUGCCUCCCUCUUGCUGCACUUUUAAACCAACAGUUUCUUUGUGUCCAUGGUGGUCUCUCGCCAGAAAUCAAUACAAUAGAUGAAAUUAGGAGGUUAGACAGAUUCAAAGAACCACCAGCAUUCGGACCAAUGUGUGACUUAUUGUGGUCAGAUCCGUCUGAAGACUUUGGAAAUGAAAACUCACAAGAGCAUUUCAGUCACAACACAGUCAGAGGCUGCUCCUAUUUUUAUAGCUACCCUGCAGUUUGUGAAUUUUUGCAGAAUAAUAAUUUGUUGUCUAUUAUCAGAGCUCACGAAGCACAAGAUGCUGGUUACAGAAUGUACCGGAAAAGUCAAACAACAGGGUUCCCAUCAUUAAUAACAAUUUUUUCGGCACCUAACUACUUGGAUGUCUACAAUAAUAAAGCUGCUGUAUUAAAAUAUGAAAAUAACGUGAUGAAUAUUCGGCAGUUCAACUGUUCACCACAUCCUUACUGGUUGCCAAAUUUUAUGGAUGUCUUCACAUGGUCGUUGCCAUUUGUUGGAGAAAAAGUGACAGAAAUGCUGGUCAACGUUCUGAGUAUUUGUUCUGAUGAUGAGUUAAUGACAGAGGGAGAAGACCAAUUUGACGAGCGACUCAUAUAUGGCAAUAAAAAAGUAGGUACAGCUGCAGCAAGAAAAGAAAUAAUCAGGAACAAGAUCCGGGCAAUCGGCAAGAUGGCAAGAGUUUUCUCUGUUCUCAGAGAGGAGAGUGAAAGUGUGCUGACGCUCAAGGGUUUGACUCCCACUGGAAUGUUACCUAGCGGAGUGUUGGCCGGAGGACGCCAGACCUUGCAAAGUGCAAUACGAGGAUUCUCUCCGCAACAUAAAAUCUGCAGUUUUGAAGAGGCCAAAGGUCUGGAUAGGAUCAAUGAGCGCAUGCCACCAAGAAAAGAUGCUCUUCAGCAAGAUGGCAUUAAGUCUGUGAACACAACUAAUGCCAAUGGAAACACUGGGACAGGCAACAAUAACGCACAGUGAUACAACCCUCACCCCUGCCCAGGUCAGCACCCGUUUUCCUUUCUUACUGUUUGUCUUGCCUGAGAAUUCCUAGGAACUGCUUCUUGACAAGGCAGUAGCCAAAUCAGCCCAGGGAAAUUCACCUUGCAUGGCUCCAAGUGGAAAAUGCAGUUUGGUCUUACAGGUGAGAAGCCACUCUGCUUUGCAGGCAUCAACUUGGAUAAAGAGCUCAGCGGCGGAACUAAGAUCUGGGGCCGAGAUUCAGACAUUGUCACAAAAGCACCAUAUAGACAAGCAUGUUACCUUUUUAAAUCAGUCAGCACUUCUUACGUUUACAGAACGGGAUUGUCUUUUCAAAAUAAAGCUAGGUGGGUGGUUGGGUUGUGUGUUUUAUUUUUUAAUCAAUCAUGAAGAUGCACCCCUAUUUAUUUAAUGGUCUUAUGAAAUGUGUUUCACUGAUAGUUUUGCAAAGGUCUUAAAAUAGAAAUCUGAGGCUGCAAACAAAUUGUGCUUUAAGGUGCGGGGGGGUGGGGGUGGAAUGCCAAAAAUUUAGUAAUUAUGUGUAAUGCUGACCUCAGGUGUACUCCUAUUGUUGAUUCUGUACACUGUUCAACAUAAUUUUUUAGUUGACAUUAUCAGACAAUUUCUAUAUAGAAAUGUUUAUUACUUGAACAUAGGUUUUGAAAACUAUUUAAUUGAGAACCCUUAUUUUUGCCCAACUUUUUGAGACUUUCCCCAAACUUGAAUGUCUAACAGUAAAAAUAGUUAAUUUUAAGGUACUUCUAAUUAAAGUUUAUACAUGACAUUUAAAGUAAAUUUUUUAUUCAUAUCAAAUCUCUAAAGCUUGGCUUUGUAUUUUGUGUAUUGCAUGCUUUCAUUUUGCAAAUAUUUAAUAUAUGGAACUAUGAUGUACAGAAAAAACAUCUUAUGGGGUCUGUAUAUGUUAUGGAUAUUUUAUUUCUUUGUAUUAAAUUGCUGAAAUAGCUAAUGAUCAUUGAAAUAGUGGUCACAAGUGUGAUUAUUAUAAUGGGGGAUUUUUUUUGCCAUACAAUGCAUAAUUGUUUGUUCAACCUUAAGAUGUUAAUGAAAAUAUAAAAUCAGGAUGCAUGCAAUGUUUUUUUUUUAUAGCUAAUGGAAUGUUUGGUAAAAUAAAAUGGAAACCAUGUGCUGAUUUCAUAAAUGUAGCCAAGUACUAUUUACUUUAAAUCUUCUGAAAUUUUGCUACUUACUUUUCUUGUCCUGUGUGGAAAACAGUUUGAAUCUAAUGUCCACUGAUUUCAUCUCACAUUGGUUUGCCACAAACUAGGACUUGUUCAUAACCCUUUGUCUGAAUUGGAGACCUGAUGCAUGUUUUAAACCUUUUAAAGUAUUUUUUAACAAGAAGCGCACAAUAAAUUUUGUGCAUGGGCCACA